UGGUAACCCUGUGUAAACUUAUAAAUUGCAAUUUCAGUUUAAUUAAGGGUUGAAUAUUUUCUUUAAGAUAUCUUUCCUAAAUAUAACAAUAAAAAUAAUGUUUAUCGUGGCUAUAACUGGAGGAAUUGCUUCAGGCAAAAGUACAGUUAGUAAAGUGUUCGAAAGAAAUGGAAUACCAGUGGUAGAUGCCGAUAAAAUUGCCCGACAAAUCGUGGAGCCUGGCAAACCAUGUUGGAAAAAAAUCAAGGAAACCUUUGGCGAUGAAAUUCUACUGCCAACGAGGGAAAUUAAUCGUGAGGCCUUGGGAAAGGCGAUAUUUGCAGAUAAGGAGUUGAGAGGCAAAUUAAAUAAAAUAACACAUCCCGUUAUACAUCGAACAAUAUUUAAGGAGGUUUUUAAGCAUUUUGUAACGGGGAAAGCAUGGAUAGUUUUGGAUUUACCUUUACUAUUUGAAACGGGCCUUCUAAUGGAUUUUAUACACAAAAUUAUUUGUGUAACAUGUGAGCCUGAAUUGCAAUUGAAACGUUUAAUAUCCCGUAAUGAAUUGUCACCGGAAGAUGCUCGCAAACGUAUUGAAUCCCAAAUGCCGUUGGAUAAAAAAUGCGAACAAUCCCACUUUGUUGUAGACAAUUCUGGUUCGAUUGAGGAUACCGAAGCAGCUGCCUUACAUAUUUGCAAUAUGAUGAAGGAAAGCAAACAACAUUGGCUUAAUCGUUUAAGUCUUUUGGGAAUUGUAGGCGCCAUUUUGUUUGUUAUCUAUUAUCUGAAUAAGAUCUUUAACUUUCUUCCCGAUUUAAGUAAGGGUUUAACUUGGUAUAAAUAAUUUUUACAUUAGCAGAAAUUUGUUAAAAAAUAUUUAGAAAAAUACCUGUUAUAACAUUGGUGGUAUACUACCAAAGGCAUUUAAUUUACUAGCCAUUGAAGUAUUUUUUAAUUUAGUUAAUCAUGAUAAUUUUAUCAGUUAAAUUAUAAUAAAGAUGAAGAUAAACUUCAAAUAAAACAAAUAUAUAUAUGAACAAUCUCUGCUAUUUUACAAUAUUUUAAA